AUGGCAGCAUCAAACAAGAAAAUCACAGUCAAGAAUCCUAUUGUUGAGCUUGAUGGCGACGAGAUGACUCGCAUCAUCUGGCAGUUCAUCAAGGACAAGUUGAUUUUACCUUACCUUAACGUCGACCUCAAGUACUACGACCUGGGUAUUGAGUACCGUGACAAGACCGACGACAAGGUCACUGUUGAGGCUGCUGAGGCCAUCAAGAAGUACCAGGUUGGUGUCAAGUGCGCUACCAUCACCCCUGACGAGGCCCGGGUUGAGGAGUUCAAGCUCAAGAAAAUGUGGCUGUCUCCCAACGGAACCAUCCGUAACAUUCUGGGCGGCACCGUCUUCCGCGCACCCAUUGUUAUCGACAAUAUCCCUCGUCUGGUUCCUGGCUGGACCAAGCCCAUCAUUAUUGGCCGCCAUGCGCACGGUGACCAGUACAAGGCCCAGGAUGUGGUAAUCCCUGCCGCAGGCAAGGUCGAGCUUGUCUACACUCCCAAGGACGGAAGCGAGGAAAAGCGCAUCGAGGUCUUUGACUACCCCGCCAGUGGCGUUGCUAUGGCCAUGUACAACACAGAUGAGUCCAUUGAGGGCUUUGCUCUGGCUUCGUUCAACAUGGCCCUUGACAAGAAGCUGCCUCUGUACAUGUCCACCAAGAACACCAUUCUUAAGCGUUACGACGGCCGCUUCAAGGAUAUCUUCCAGGAGAUUUACGACCGUGACUUCAAGGACAAGUUUGAGGCUGCCGGCAUCUGGUACGAGCACCGCCUGAUUGACGACUUGGUCGCCCAGAUGAUCAAGUCCAGCGGUGGCUUCGUUAUGGCUCUGAAAAACUACGACGGUGAUGUGCAAUCCGACAUUGUUGCCCAGGGCUUUGGCUCUCUUGGCCUUAUGACCUCGGUUUUGAUCACCCCCGACGGAAAGACCUUCGAGUCCGAGGCCGCCCACGGAACCGUCACUCGUCACUACCGCCAGCACCAGCAGGGCAAAGAGACUUCUACCAACUCUAUUGCUUCUAUUUUCGCCUGGACCCAGGGCAUUGCUCAGCGCGGCAAGCUCGAUAACACUCCCGAGGUUGUCAAGUUCGCUGAGAUGCUCGAGCAGGCCGUCAUCGACACCGUCGCCAAGGACGGCAAGAUGACCAAGGACUUGGCUCUCACCCGCGGCGAGACCUCGCGCGACAGCUAUGUCACCACCGAGGAGUUCAUUGACUGCGUCAAGAACCGCUUGGAUCGCAAUUUGACCGCCGCCAACCUGUGA